AAUUUAGUGGGCCGUUUGUCUUAACAAGCAGGUAGCAUUAAUCGUUCGUAUUCCUUUACAGGUGGAAAUAUGUCUUGAACAUAUUUAUCGAUUUUGUAACGUUGCAUUUUAUUUUUAAUACAUUAUAUUUAUUAGUUACUUGGUAUUUUUUUUUCUAAAGCAGAUACCUGCACGCGACGUUUUUCAUUUUAUUUCGAUGAUUUUGGAUUGAAUUAUUUUUUUCUGCCUUUUUUUGAAGUUCGUGAUUUUUUUUAAAUUCGCGUUUUUCCACUUUAAUGUACAUUUCUUACAUUUUCAAUCGGUUGAACAUUUUAUGGCAUUCUGAAAACGAAUAUUUCGCUAAUUUAUUUCGGCUCGAUUUUGAUUGGUAGUUUUUAAAAAUGAGGUUCACAACUACUACUUUGGCAUACGAUGGCGGUAUGGAUUUUGGAAACGAGACGGUGGUCGAUAAAGUUCCGGCAGAUUUGAUGCAUAUGGUCGAUCCUCAUUGGUACCAAUUCCCUCCGUUGAAUCCAACGUGGCAUAAAAUGCUGGCUUUUUUCAUGUUCGUCGUCGGUAUGGCAUCGUUUUUCGGAAACGGACUGGUAGUUUAUAUUUUCACGACGACUAAAUCUCUACGCACACCUUCGAAUUUACUAGUAGUCAACUUGGCCUUUUCGGAUUUCUGCAUGAUGUUUUGUAUGUCACCGGCGAUGGUGUAUAAUUGUAUGUACGAAACGUGGUCUUUAGGACCGUUUGCUUGCGAAUUGUACGGAAUGACUGGGUCUUUAUUCGGUAAUACGUCUAUUUGGACUAUGGUUUUGAUCGCUCUAGAUCGUUAUAACGUUAUUGUCAAGGGUUUGGCAGCGAAACCUAUGACGGUGAAAACGGCCUUUUAUAGGAUUUUAUUCAUCUGGUUCCACGGUUUGCUUUGGACAUUGUUCCCAAUGUGGGGAUGGAACAGAUAUGUACCAGAAGGAAAUAUGACGGCUUGCGGAACUGAUUACUUGACGAAAACGUGGCUAAGUCGAAGUUACAUUCUGGCGUACGCGGUUUUCGUAUAUUUCGGACCACUUCUAAUCAUCAUUUGGGCUUACAGUUACAUUGUGAAGGCAGUAUCAGCACAUGAGAAAAACAUGAGAGAACAGGCUAAGAAAAUGAACGUUUCGUCAUUGAGAUCGGGAGGAAAUGAUGAUGGGAAAAGUCAAAGUGCAGAAAUCAAAUUAGCCAAAGUCGCUUUGAUGACAAUCUCUUUAUGGUUUAUGGCAUGGACUCCUUACUUGAUCAUCAAUUUUUCCGGCAUCUUUGAAUUAUUAAGCAUCAGCCCUCUGUUUACCAUUUGGGGAUCGGUGUUUGCCAAAGCGAAUGCAGUGUACAACCCAAUCGUGUACGCCAUAAGUCAUCCGAAAUAUCGUAUUGCUCUGAAGAAGAAAAUACCAGUAUUGGUGUGCGGUAAAGUAUCCAGUGGCAGCGACACCACAUCUACUGCUUCGGGAACCACAGUAGCAACAGUCAACCAGUAAUGUGGAGAUUUCCAGUAUAUUGUACUUUCGCUACGCGAUGAAAUAUACAAAUUUCACCAGUCGGGCCAUUUUUUUUUGUGAUAUGUGCGCAUUAUUUAAGCUACAAUCUGUAAAAGGGUAUUGUGACUUUUUUUCAUCAAUUUUUUUUUUACGAUGUUCAAUUUUAACGGGCUAAUAAGAUCAGCACGACGAUUUUAAUAUGCUAAAAAUGUCACGCGUUUAUCUCGUAAGAAUUUUUUUUGUUUUUGUUUCCGUGUAAAUAAUUUUUUUUUUUUUUUUGCAUAUUUACGUACCAUAUAAUGAUAAUUUUGAAUAGAGAGAAAACACCAUUGUUCUAUAUAAGUUCGAUGAUAAUUAAUUUUUAAGAUUGUUUCGAUUAAGAAUUUAUUAUUUUAUAAGUAGAAAAUAUUGAUCGUUUAAUUUAGUAAGUACCUUACAUAUUGUUGAAAAUGUUGACCGUAUCAUUUUUCAAAUACAAAAACAGCGACA